AGAAUUGAGAAAUGGUAUAAAGGUCAGUGUGUCAGUUGAUAGCUCACAGUUAAGAAGAGAACACUCUUGGAAAAACAGCAGCAGAGGGAGUCUUGACCUGUCACAGGAGUUGAGCAGAGAGCUGAGAAGAUAGAAGAACUGCUGCCAUCAAUGUCCUGUGGAGACUGAUCACCUGCACAGAACGUUGCCAACUUAGCUUCACCAUUAAUUGGAGAGUGUACAGUAGCACAGAGAGAGAGAGAGAGCGAGCACAGGAGAGACCUUGCAGCAUAGUCAGUAAAUGGAGCAUGAAAGAUGGAGAGUUCAAAUACAAUCAUCCACAAGCCUUUGAAAGCAAGAAAAACAAUGACUCCAAGUAGUCGAAAACAAGUGGAAAUGCUGAAUAAAACAAAGUAUGUUUCAGGACAAGGAAAGAUUCUUAACGGCUUGCAUACUGAGGAUCACCAUGUUCAGUUAAAUACGGUGGACAUAAACUGCGGAAGUAAUGAUUCUGUAAAAGGAAGCUCACUAACUGAAUCAAAACCAGAUACGUUCCCUGAAAAAUGUGAAAUGUUACCUCAAAAAUUAACAGCCUCAAUACAAGGGUUCAGUGUUAACUCAAAAGUAAAUGAAGAAGUAAAACAAUGUUCUUAUGACAAAAAUUUUGAUCAGAACUGUCAAGAAGAAUCCCAAGAGCCUCCCCACGAGAAAUCUUGCAACAAAAACUCUGAUGCAAAACAGUUUCUAAAUGCUGGGUGUUUGCAAGAUAUACUACAUAAAUGGUAUGAAAAUGAACUAAAUACACCAUCCUCCAAGCCAGUUGAAGUGCAUUUGUAUUCAAAACCAAAUAACCUACCUGAUGACCAGUUAAAAGAGAGUGCUUGUUUAGACGAUCCAGUUAACCGUGAUUCUGGGGAUGAAAAAAGAACUAACAAGAUUAUUCCCAUUUUAGAAAAAAUAGAAACAGCAAGAGAAAUAAAUAGUGCAAUAGAAGAGGUUAUUCCCAUAUUAAAAAAGGUAGAUGUGAUAUCUGAUUCAAAUGAUAUGAAGCACAAAUAUAACCUUACUAAUUCAGUUACCCCCACACUGCCUGGGACAGAUAAAAUAGCUGAUGGUUUGGAGAGUAAAACAUCCUUUGGAAAUGAUAGUCCAAAUAUUUCACUAGAUGUGGAAGCUGCUGUUAUGCUGCAGGAUACAUCACCUGGAUAUAGUAUUGACAAUGUUCAAAGGAAGAGGGUAUGUUCAGAAAGCAAGGAAGACAGUCACUGUAAACGCUUCAAAACUGAUGAUGAAAACAAAAAAGAGAAUAUUUGUACAGUGUCAGAGAAAGAGGAAAAAAUUUUGGGAAAGGUCAAACACUUGAUUCAAAAGCGUGUGGAUAUUUUAAACAAUGACGUCUUUAACCAUAAACUGGAAAGUUUAAGUGGAAGAGUUGAUCAAACACAAUGUCGAAAAAAACAUGAAGAAAUAGCUAUUACAUUUCUAAAGAAAGUGUCAAAGCUUGAGAGACGUAUUAAUACUGUGAUAGCAUUUCAGAAGAAAAUAUUAUCGAAAAUGGUCACUAGUAAGGCAAAUCUUCCAGGUGCAAACUCGCAAAAUGCAAUACUUAAUCGAACCAAAUCUGUUCCACCACUUCCUGAUAACAUAAAUGAACAAUCAGUUUCUUCAGUUAAACAUUUAUCAUCAUCCCAUAGACAAAUUGGUUCCACUUCUGAAUGUGUUGCAGAAGAGAAUGUAAGGCAGGAGGGGAAGAUGCAGAGAUUGUUCUGUAUUGAUCCAGUCACAGGAGGUGAAAAUACCAGCUCUGAUGAAGUUAUACUGAUUUCUGUGGAAAGCAGAAAUUCAACAACAGUAACAACUGCAAACAAUUCAGAUAUUCAAAAAAAAUUAGUUUCUACACAAACAGAAAUUUCCAAUAAAGCUCAGUCCAAAAACAAGUUGGCUGAAGAUAAAACAAAAUCUGCAGUGAUUGAUCUAACAGAAGAAGAAAAGCACAACUUUGAUAGAGGUAAAUUAAAAGAAGACCAAAAUUCUGUGUCAAACAAAAGUAAUUCAAAGACAGCAAGCUCCAAAUCAAAUCACCUUGAGCCACCAGCUCAAGCAUCACAUCAGGUUCUUGAACAGUUUCCACAUCUUCCUCCACUACCAAGAAUACCUCCAUACCCAGAACUCAAGGAUGGAUUCAGAGACACUGUGCCACCUCAGAAGCCUGAACUAAAACUGGCUCAGGUGCAAAAUCCAAAAGGUAUUGCACUCUCAUGGACUGUUACGAAGAUUGAUCCCAAGUGCGCUCCUGUAGAGAGCUAUCACUUGUUCAUAUACCAUGAACACUCCAAUAACAACACUGCACCACACUGGAAGAAAAUAGGAGAAAUAAAGGCUUUGCCCCUACCAAUGGCUUGUUCUUUAUCACAAUUUACAGCCUCCAAGAAGUACUACUUUUCUAUACAAUCAAAAGAUGUAUGUGGACGUUAUGGACCGUUUUGUGAUAUACAAUCAAUUACUUUAAUUUCUCUAGAAGACUCAUAGGUUACCUCAGUAACUGUUACACAGUUGUUUCAGUUAGAAAUAUUGUAUUUUUACUUGUAAACAACUCAGAGCCAAGGAAUUAAUCGUACCACAGACUGUAUUCACUCAGUUCCGUUUCUUAUCUAUCAUGUCAACUAUCUGUUAUUUAUAUUCUAAGCAUUGUUCUAUGCAUUUUGUAAGUUGUUUCUAAUAACUUGAUACCGAUAAUUCUGUUUAUAAAAACGAAUUUCAGUUCUGUGUUUAGUUUAGUUAUUUUCCUUCUCAAGCCUUCCCCUCCCAUUCCUUUCAUGUAGGAUGUACGUGGGGCAAAAAAGGAAUAAAAGUUUCUACUUGAUAACUAUGAAUUGUGAUGACGAUCAUGAGGGGAGAAAUCGAACAUGUCAUGAGUUUUGUGGUGUUUUGCUCACCCUUUUUGUAUUUUUGUGGAAUAGUGGGUUUUGUGUGUUCCAUUUCCUUCACUAAUUGGUGCACAAGCUUUCAGAAGGUUUUAGUUCUUGUACUUUUGUACUCAUAGAGUACUACAGGGGCAUCUCCAUUAUUCUGGAGCCUCUGAAAAAUGCUUGUAAGGAUGAAAGUCUCUUAUACAAUGGAUGAUAUUUAAACACUAUAGUUCCUGUGUUAUUACUACCAUCGCUUUAGGCAAUCAGCUGGGCCAUGAUCUUUUUAGAGAUGCUGCAUUGUAAAGGAACACCAGGAGAUUGUUUGUUUCAUUGUCACCCAUUUGGGACAAGAAUUAAGCUUUUGGGGAAGUUGAAUAAAGUGUUUAUAAAUAAAUGUUUUCCAGUGCUGUUUAAGUA